AAGACUAGCUAUAUAAAUCGCGUUUAAAUAUGUCGCAAUAAAGUCUCAAUGAAUCUUCGAACAGGUUCAUAAAUCUAAUCAAGACAUACAUCUAUAGUAUAUGAAGUAUAAUCCUAUAGAUAAAAUUGCGUAACAGGCCGAUAAAACGAAAACGAAAAAAGACCGCCAAAGUGCCUGUAUCUAUUCUAUUCCUUAUCUCCGUCUCGUGAUUCGUCGAGAGAGUGACACAGUGACAGUAUCUCGAUUCUCGAUUCUCGAGUGGCGGGUGACAGGUCGGUGAGCAAAGUGCGCGGAGAGGAUCUUGGUUAAGCAACGUCUCGCGCGCGUGAGAUGGUGAAUAUUAUCGCGUACUCGAUUAGCCCCGAUUAGCCCGAUUAUUUGUCAGCACGAGUACAAAUUAUAAAUCAAGGACAUUACUGACUGAUCGUAUACGAGCUGCAACAUGUUGGAAAACGUAAAUAAGGAAUUGGCGCCUAUGAAGUCGCAUUAUUUUCUUUACAAUGCUGCAACUGCACCAAUGGUACAAUUUUUGCCAACGAUUGGAAAACAAUUGGGCUUCUCUGGGACAUUAGUCGGCACAAUAUACACAGUAUUACCUAUCUCUGGUCUGAUUGCAAAACCAUUGUUUGGUGGCUUAGCUGACAAAUUCAGAUUGCACAAGACUUUCUUUUUGAUAUUCCAAGUUUUAUUGACAAUAGCUUUCUUCUCUAUUUAUUUUAUCCCUGAGGUGGACAGGAUCGCAAGCGUGACUCUUAUCUGUGACAGUACUAUACCGUUUCUGAAGAUUUGUCCACGGACCAAAUUCUCACAGAAAACAUUGAGCGCCGUAAUAGUAGAAAAUAUCCAUACUAAUUCAGUUUGUGAGUUAUCCUGUGAAGGAAUAUCUCAUGGUUACAUAGAAUUAUCUGGCAAGAAUGUUUCAAUGAACAGCACAUUUGAUUUUAGUGCACAAUUUGAUAUAUAUCAAGAUUUACUUACUAAUGUUUGUGUAGAUGUAAAGGUAAAUAUGUUUCUGGACAGUGUCACACAUGUUCCAGUAUGCGGGGACAAUUUGAAAACUAGAUGCAUGGCAACCUGUCACAACAACAGUGCAUUUAAUCAUCUUUUACAAGAAGCCAAAGAUUCACACAACGAUGCAAAACAAUCUACUUACCAAUUUCAUCUAUUUUUGUGGGCAGCCAUAAUAAGUUGGGUCGGAAUGGCUGUUGUAGUCAGUAUAGGAGAUGCCAUUUGUUUUGAUCUUCUUGGUUACGAGAGGAGGAAUGAUUAUGGGAAGCAGAAAAUGUGGGGCAGCAUUGGUUUUGGCUGGUUUGGUAUAGGUGCGGGCUAUCUGGUGGACCUUUCGAGUCAAGGACAGCACGAAAAAGAUUACACUUGUAUAUUUUACAUUAUGCUGAUAGCUAUGUUGGCCGAUAUCCUUGUAGUAUCUCUGACAUUGAGAAAGAAAAAUCCAGAAUGCUCUACGGAUGAACCGUCACUAUUGCGGGAACUAUUGAACGUUGUCAAAGAAGGGAGAGUAUUGGUGUUUGCCUGGUGGUGCAUAGGCGCCGGGAUGUGUACAGCAGUCAUUUGGAACUUUCUGUUUUGGUACAGCGAAGAUCUAGCAACCAGCUCUCACAUUGAAUGGAUUAAAACUCUACAGGGUCUUAUGACCGGUGUUCAGUGUUUCUUAGGAGAAUUACCUUUCAACUUUGUAUCAGGCAGCGUAUUGAAGAAACUCGGCCACAUGAACGUCAUGAGUCUGGUGUUGCUCAUUUAUGCAAUCAGAUUUAUGGCAUACAGCAUUAUAUCAAAUCCUUGGCUGUUUUUAAUUCUUGAAUUGCUCCAUGGACCCUCGUUUGGUCUAUGUUGGCCAACAAUGGUGUCUUAUGGUGAUAAAGUGACACCAUCUGGUACCAAAGCUACUAUGCAAGGCUUUGUUGGUGCUGUCUUUGAAGGAAUUGGAGUGGCAAGCGGUAGCUUCAUAUGUGGUUGGUUGAUGGACACAUUUGGAGGUGUUACACUACUAAGAACGUUCUCAGUAGGUGCACUCAUAUGGUUGAGCGUAUUUUGGUUGCUGGAACUCUUACUGAGGAAGAUGAAAGCCAAUCCAUUACAGCAAGGCCAUAGUCAUUUAGCAAAUUAUGCCAAUCCAGACGACGCUAUUCUUAUGACGAUAAGUCAAGAAUUGCAAACCUAUUAAUAGAGUAAUUUUGCAUGGGAUGAAAAUAUUAUUGCUCAAUUGAUAACUGAGCAAAAUUAAUCUUUCACUGCAUAUGCACUGCAUGCUGAAAGAAAUAUUUGUCUUGUCGUAAUAUUUUGUCUUUUUAUAAUCACAAGAAAUUUUAAUAUAUCAUUCAGUAUUAUAUCAUAAGUGUAAUUUAUGUCGCGCACACAUACAAUCAUCUCUAUUGUAAUAUAUUUUUCUAAAUUAUCUUUUUCAUUUAUUUACCUUUGUAUUUUCACACGCGCCAAAGAUGAUACCAAAUUAAAAUUUUGCUGAGAUAAAAGUAUUACAAAUUGAUAGUUUUGUGUGUGUAUGAAAUAUAAAAAUAUAAAUUGUAAAAUUAAUGCGUAUCAUGUGAUGUUUAGAUUUUGAGCAUUAGAAUUCGACAAUUUUAUCACA